AUGACAAAGAUAUUUGUCUAUUCGUUUGCAUCUUUAAGACACUUUUCUUUAAUAUCCUUCGAACUGCUAAUUCCUUGUCCUUUCAUCAUGUUCUUCGACAUAUUGGCUAUGUUUAUUGUUACACUUCUCUCAUCAUUGUUUUUAUCUUCUACAUCCAUAUCUGCUUUACCGUCAUCAGCAUCAUCUUUGCAAUUAAUUACUAACUCACCAUCUGCUGACUUCACUUCCUCACUCAGGCUUCUCAAACAUCGUCCGGUAACGAGUGUUGAUAGAUCCGAAGUGUUCAUUGAUGAAAAAAGUCAAUAUCAACAGAAACGAUCUCCGUCAUCACCACGAGUUCAUGCCAAUUCAGCUGUUGCAACGCUUGCUGAGUCAUCCAGUAUCGAUAACGCCGUCGACUACGAUCAAUUUCAAGAGCCGAUACGUUUAUCAUCGUCAUUGAGAAAACUUGUCGAAACCAAUCCAUUGGCACGUGCUUGGCUUACCAUGCUUCUCCAGAAGCUUAUGCAAGAACAACCAGUACCAUACAUUUUCAAGUAUGGUCGCCGUCGCAAAUAA